UUCAACUUUUGAGGAAUCCAUAUGCGAAUAGCUGGAUUGGAACUGGGAGGAACUUCUUGCGUAGCUUCCUUUUGUGAAGGUUCCCCUACUCAUAUCGUCAAGGAUUUUCGUGUUCCUACAACAAUACCAGCAGAAACUAUUGGAAAACUAAAGUCUUGGCUCGUCGAACAAGGACCCUUUGACGCUUUAGGAAUAGCCUGUUUCGGUCCGGUGGAUCUGAAUCGAAACAGUAAAACAUAUGGAUACAUCACUUCAACACCAAAGACGCAAUGGCGUUAUGUCGAUGUGGUUGGAGCUUUUGUUGACCUGUCCAUACCCAUCGGAUUUGAUACCGACGUCAACGCACCAGCUCUGGCAGAAAUUACUUAUGGUCCUCACAGUUAUGCUACUUCAAGUAGUUACAUCACUAUCGGUACGGGAGUGGGUGUGGGAGUGGUUGCCAAUAGAGAACCCAUUCACGGACUGAUGCAUACAGAAGGAGGCCAUGUGAUGGUAGCGAAGCUUGCAAAUGAUGACUAUCAAGGCUCUUGUGAAUUCCAUGGAGCUUGUGUAGAGGGACUGGUUAAUGCACAGGCACUCGCUGCAAGAAAACAAUUGGCUCCAGCGGAUUUGGCAAAGUUAUCCGAUGAAGAUGGCAUUUGGAGCAUCGCUGCUAAUUAUAUUGCGCAACUUUGUGCGAAUAUUACUUAUUUGCUUUCUCCAGAGUUGAUCAUCAUCGGAGGGGGAGUUCCCAAACGAAAGUGUUUACUACCACUUGUAAGACAAAAGUUUCAAGAGAUUGUCAACGGUUACUUGGAUGUGGACAAGAUAAAAUAUCACAUAGAUGAAUACAUCGUUAGUUCAGCGUUUGGUGAUCGCAUUGGAAUGAUUGGCGCCUGUGAACUCGGAAAACGUGCUCUUGAUACGGCAACUAGACAAUAAAAUCACUUGCAUAACUCAAUAGAGACUUUCUACUUCCAUAAGUGAUAGCAUUUUUCUGCGAAAAUCUUUUUGGCGCCAUAUCCACUUUGAAU